UAAUGGGCGUGUACUGGAGCGCAGAUUCCGCACCGAGAGACUGAUGACCUGAGCGGGAAACGCUCACUGUGGCUUGAUGACAAUAAUCUGUCAAAUAUAUAUAGUUUGGGAGAAGCCGUGAACAGAAGUUUUGGGGGUUCAAAAUGACGACCACCACCACUUUUCAAGGCAUGGACCCGACCGCGAGGAGCAGCUCCAGAGUGCUGCGUCCACCAGGUGGAGGUUCAAACAUCUGCUUUGGCACAGAUGAAGAGAAACCUGUGAAGAAAAACAAAAUGGCAUCUAGUAUAUUUGCCGAACCUGAGGACCCUCAUGCCUAUCGAAGGAACAAUCCACCAAGUGGGAAGCCUACAGGUGUGUUGUGUGGAGAGCCAUCUGCCCCUCUCAGAAGAUGUACUGCUCAACCCGCCAACCAAAGUAACACCACAGUCGAAAAUAAUGUACCUGUGAAUGGUGAGGGAAACUCAAUCACUGUUGAUAGCACAGAAGAACCUGAACCUAUUCAGGAGCAGGAUGACACACCAGCUUCACCUUGCCUCUCUGCAAGUGAGCAGCCUGCAGCUGGGGUUCCUUCUGGUCGUAGAAACCCACCGGGGGGUAAAUCCUCUCUCAUCUUCGGCUAAGGAUUUGCCUCACUUAAAGAUAAGGUCCGGGCCUAUGUGAAACGAGCAUCUCAGAGUAAAUGUGCUGUUCUGUGGUCAGUGCCCAUCCUCUGCAUAACUGUAUUCAUAAAAUGACAUAAGCCACAAAGAACAGAUUAAGAUCAGGACAAUUUAGACAGAGAAGCGUGCCACAAAUCUCUGAGCUGUGAUUUGUUCAAAGGAUGUCUUUGAAUGUGUUAAGUGUUGGUCUCUCAGUCUUAUCUUGACUAAGAUCAGACCCUUAAGGAAAAACAGAUCCCGGGUGUGCCCUGCUACUCUCAGAUACUGCAAAUCAUAGGCCAAAAUUUGCCAUCAAAGUUCUCCCAGUCAGGGUUUUUUUUAUAUUCACGUUAGCCUAAGAAAUGUCUCCCUGACUCAGUGUUUGUCUCUCUCUUUUUUGUGUUAUGUUUUUGUCAGCACUUUAUGAACUGUGGUGCCCAAUUUGUGGUGCCUCAGGCUUGCUGGUUUAGAGACAAGGUUUGAAUUAUUCCAUGUCACAUCCAUCAUUGCCAAAAAAAAAUUUUGAUGUAAAGAAAAAAGUAUAAACCUUGACUUACUGAUCGCGGAAGAGAUAUUUAUUACAACAGAACAAAAACACAAUUAAAUCAAUAAAUACAAUUCAGAGAUAAAAGAACAACAAACAUGAGGGUGCAAUGAAACAUUACCCUCUAGUCAAUAACAGGUGUGCUGGAAAAGGUGCAUGUGAGCAAACUGUUAUGUGUUUG